UAGUGAGCCCAAACACAAUUGAGUGGUGUUCAUAUCAAACCGAUAUAGAAAGGAGCUUAACAGCCUCUUUUCUUUUAUUUUUAUUUUUUAUAUUUUCUAUUUUUUAAAGAAAACAAAAAAUGGCUUCAGCAUAUCUCUUCCAGUCAUCCCCAGCCAUUCUUGACAAGUCUGAUUGGGUUAAGGGCCAGACCCUUCGCCAACCCUCGGUUUCCGUGGUGCGGGUCAGCUCGGGCGCACCCUCUGCCCUGACCGUCCGUGCUUCCUAUGCCGAUGAGCUCGUUAAAACCGCGAAAACCGUAGCAUCACCGGGCCGUGGAAUCCUAGCCAUGGAUGAGUCAAAUGCCACUUGUGGAAAGCGGUUAGCUUCUAUCGGUCUUGAGAACACCGAGGCUAACCGUCAAGCUUACCGGACCCUACUUGUUACCCCACCGGGCCUUGGCAACUACAUCUCGGGCGCUAUCCUCUUCGAGGAAACCUUGUACCAAUCAACCGUUGACGGCAAAAAGAUUGUCGAUAUCCUCGUUGAACAGGGGAUUGUACCCGGUAUCAAGGUCGACAAGGGUUUAGUCCCAUUGGCUGGCUCGAAUGACGAGUCAUGGUGCCAAGGUCUUGACGGGCUUGCCUCGCGCUCUGCAGCUUACUACCAACAGGGUGCACGUUUCGCCAAAUGGCGUACAGUAGUGAGCAUUCCAAACGGGCCAUCGGCCCUCGCGGUCAAGGAAGCAGCAUGGGGUCUGGCCCGUUACGCUGCGAUUUCUCAGGACAAUGGGUUGGUCCCGAUUGUGGAGCCCGAGAUUUUACUAGACGGUGAACAUGGAAUCGAUACUACGUUUGAGGUUGCUAAGAAAGUGUGGGCUGAGGUGUUCUUUUACCUAGCUGAGAACAAUGUGUUGUUUGAAGGAAUCCUUUUGAAGCCCAGCAUGGUUACACCGGGAGCCGAUUGCAAGGACAGAGCCACACCUCAACAAGUCGCGGAUUACACUCUCAAACUCCUCAAACAAAGAAUCCCACCCGCAGUUCCUGGAAUCAUGUUUUUGUCUGGUGGGCAAUCUGAGGUGGAAGCUACACUCAACUUGAAUGCAAUGAACCAGAGCCCGAACCCAUGGCACGUGUCGUUCUCAUACGCCAGGGCCUUACAGAACACUUGCCUCAAGACAUGGGGAGGAAGGCCCGAGAACGUGAAGGCUGCUCAGGAUGCUCUGCUCCAGAGGGCCAGUGCCAACUCACUGGCUCAGCUCGGGAAAUACACAGGUGAGGGCGAGUCUGAGGAGGCCAAAAAGGGAAUGUUCGUUAAGGGGUAUGUCUACUAAGCCGGUUUCAAGUCGCGAGUGUUGAGCUUAGAACAUGAAAACAAGGUUUAUUAUUAUAAAAUUUGUAUCAAUCAGCAUGGAGUCUGCUGCUUUUGUUCAUAGCAUGUACUUGUAGCAAUUGUAUAAGUAUUUGAUUGAUGUGAAGUGAUGGCUUUUCUGUAAUUUUAGUAAUAUUCAACAGAUA